UGUUAACCCUUGGGUCAAUAACUGCAACUUGGUUUUGGCAUGUGUUUUGUAUUAUAAUAAUAAUGCACAUAACAUAACAUGUAUUCAGAGAUUAAUUUUUCUUUGUUCUUGGAGAUGAAAAAGUGUGAGCUGUGUGAGUCUCCUGCGAAAAUGUACUGUGAAUCGGAUGAAGCUAGUCUGUGUUGGGAUUGCGACGCCAAGGUUCACGGGGCAAAUUUUUUAGUGGCUAAGCAUUCAAGGACUCUUCUUUGUCAUCUCUGUCAAUCUCCAACUCCCUGGAAUGGCUCAGGGCCUAAACUUGGUCCCACUAUUUCAGCUUGCAAUGUUUGUGUUGGCGAUAGUGGCCGUAUGGAGAAGGGAAAAAAUGGAGAAAUAAUGGGCAAUGAUGAAGAUGAUCUUGAUGGAAAAGAUGAGAAUGAUGAUAAAGACGAGGAUGAGGAUGAAGAUGAGAAUGAUGAGGAAGAUAUUGAUGACAUGGGUGAUGAAAAUGAAGAUGAUGAUGAGGAAAAUCAAGUUGUUCCAUGGUCAUCUCCACCACCACCUCCAGUUUCAAGCUCUUUAACAAGUGAAAUUGUUCAGGUAAUAAGUUGUCAAAAGGUGAAGAGGUUUAUCAGAAUCCAAAACAGGAUUUUCUGUGAAGCUGAUGCGUUAGACUUUGAAGCUUCAUUCACAAGUAUGCAUUUUUAUUCAUAUUUUAAAUCUAAUGUAUUCUCUAUUGUUGUUGCUGAUAAGUUUGUUUGUUGUUUGGCCUGAGUCUCUCUUGCCUCUCAACAAAACAAGAACAAAUAUUUGUGACAUGAACCAUCUAUUAUUCAUUGAAGGAAGAGAAAAACAAGUGCAAAAA